UUGUUGUUGCAGUGCAUAGAAUCCAAAUUCGUUGUCACUUUAAAAAAAUACUUUUCUUUCCAAACACAUAAGGGGCAUUUGCAUAAUUCAGUACAGUUUUUCCUCUGCUACAUUACACAGCACUCUCUCUGAAUGUGUUUUUCUUCUGAAGAGCUGGGCAGGUGUUGGCUCCACCCCCUCACAGGUGUGUUCAGGUGAGUGAGCUCUGCUGUGUCAUUUUAUCACUGAGCUGCCGGACGAGGUGAGGAAACUUUGCUGUGAGCGAUGCUUCUUUCAGAGAACUGACUGCGUUUUGUAAAUAUUUGGGUGUAAACUGAAGGUUAAUUAACAAACCAAGUUAAAGCGCAUUUGACAUCUUUAAUGAUUACCAACAACAGGUGGAGCCAUUGUUGAUGUGAAAACAUCUGGGUUAGAUUUUUAUCUGCAGACUGCUUCUCUUACUUUUAAAAGAAAGUCUGUUUCGUGUGUGUUGAGGUACAGUGUCCUCACAACCAAAUACGUCGCCUGAAAAACUACUAAAAAGGAAAUAUUUACUAACAUUUCUCCUACCUGUAAGUGGUUUGUACUGUAUGUGUGUACUUCAUAUGGAAGCAUUCAACAUGUGGAGUCAAUGACAUGCGAAUUCUGCCAACAGAGGAUUAAAUGAAACGUCUCUCAGGACGAUGGAGGGAAGUCAUCCGUCACAGGAACAACACGACGCCGUCACCUGGUUCAAAAAGUCUCAGCUCCAGUCUGUGAUCUGCAACGGUGUAGUGCCAGAAUGGUUUCAUGGCAUCAUUUCCAGGAAGACGGCGGAGGAACUGCUCGUGUCCAAGCCUCCGGGCUACUUCCUCAUCAGAGUCAGUGAGAGCAGGAUCGGCUACACUCUCUCUUAUCGUGCCGAUGACCGCUGCAGACAUUUCAUGAUCGAUGUGUUGGAGGACGGUCGCUACAUCAUCCUGGGGGAGGACAGGUGUCACCGGAGUCUGCAGGACCUGGUGGACUUUCAUCACAGGACUCCCAUCAUGCCUUUCUGCCAGGUGCUGACUGUGGCGUGUGGACAGUCCUCAGAAAACAUCGACUAUGCAGAGCUACUGUUUCCCCAAAGACUUCCCACCUCCAACACCAGGUUGCCACCAAACAACUCCCCCAGCAUGACUCCCCCAGUGUCCCAGGAAGAUGUCCCACCUGCUAUUCCUUACCGACCGGAAAACCUGGACAGCCCCACAGUUCUUCUCCCAAACAGCCAACCAAACCGGCUCUACCCUCGUUUGGAGGAUGGAUCUCGACACGUCAACGCUCCACUUCCAGCCACGCCUGUGCCAAAAACCAGAAAGAGAUACGACUUCAACCAGCCUCCUGAAGUCCCUUCUCGAAAUGUUGUUCCUGUGAAGCAGAACCAGGCUUGCAUCAGAACCGUUUCUGCACCUGACAGUCCCUCCACGUCCACAGCCUCUCAACAACCAGCAAAGAAUCAGGAAGGAAAGCCAUCAGUCGUCACCAACCUGAAGAACUUCAAGAAGAAAUUCCAAAAGAACAGAAGCACUUCACAGGAUAAUACAUAUGCAGAGAUCAAUGCUGAGGCAGCUGAUAGGAGUGGAAAUACUGAGUCAGAGUACGAGGAGAUCACAGGAGACCCCAACCUUAUGGGUUCACCAUUUUCCUACACUGAUGUGAGACUGACUGAUGAAAUGUUACCUCAAGAGUACCUGAAACCUCCACCGUUUGCACCAGGCUUCUGAUACACAGGCAUAUAAGAAAGCCAUGUACAUAUUGAUAAAUCCCUGGAUGCUUCAUUUCUGAAUCAAACCAAAGAUGGAGGAUAGUGUGGACAUCUUAUUCCAGUUUGGUGGUGCAGCCUGCAGAGAAAACGGAGAAUACAGCACUUUUUCAACUUUCAAGGUCGACAUUCAUCAGAAAUUUUGCCUUAAAAAGGUCUUGAAAGGGAAAAAGUUUCAUUAUUAUGGCCAUAAUUGCUUUUGGGUAAUAUUCUUAUUCUUUCUUUGUAAUAAAUAAAACUGUACAGAUGGCUAAUACAAAGACUGAAAACAGAAUUAAACAACCUGGCUCUGUUGAAGGAGACUAAAUCUAAAGCAAUUAUCUUUUUUUGGUUGAUAAAUACAAAAGCUGUUCACCGUGUACAUUCUUUACAUAGGACAUUUUGCAAUUUAGAUUUUUCUUACAGUUUAUUUUUAUUUACUGCACAUUUUUGUAUCUAUCUAUCUAUCAUCUUUAUGGUGGUGGGAAUGGUACUCCUUCUGCUGUAGCAACCACAUUACCCCUCAGGAAUUAAUAAAGUAUUUCUAUUCUAUUCCAAACUGAAGUGUAAAAAAGUUGCUGCUUUACAGGGUUUAUCUGGUAGGCUCUGAUUUGGCUUGGAUGGUCACACUUUAGAGGUGCUAGUAGUCCAAUUUGGUUCACUAGCUAUUUCACUAGCUAUUUCACCCCCUUUCCAAGCUUUGCGCUAAGCUAAGCUAAGCUAGCUUAAGCUAAGCUGUUUCUUCACACUGAUAUGAGAGCGAUAUCUUUAUUUACCAAAGUGUGAAACUACUACUUCAAACUUUCUGAAGCUUAUAAAUGUGCACAAAUGUAUAAAAUUAUUGAACAGAUUAAACACUUAUCUUCAUGAGACUGAAAUUAAUGCCAUUGAUGCACUGUAUAUUCUUUACUUUUUUUAUUUGUUUCAUUCAAGAGAGACAUUACAAAGAAAUAUUGUUACAUAAAAGGAAGUUAUGCAACUAGGUUGUCCGUAGCUGAAGCUAAUUUCCUGCCAGUUUCAGGGUAGAGGUUGCUAUGCCUCUAUGAUAAUAUUAUGAAAUGUGGAAAGGAAGAGGGAGGAAGUUUUUUGCAGCACAUGUAAAUUAGAAAUAGAUCUGUUAUCUGAAAUGUGAUGCGGAAGCUGGAAGUGAGAGACGCUGGUCAAAAUUCAAUUUUAUACAGCUUUGAGUUUUUACCUUUCAUCAUGUAGCAGGAUGUGAAGAUUGUGAAGCGUAGAAGUCAUGUGAUGCCAAUAAUAGCUCACAUUUAUGCCUGUAACGAGAUAGGAUGUGACGCGUGUUUUUGUUAAAUGACUGAACUAAUAAAGCAUCUAAAAAUG